AUGAAUACAACAGCAGCAAUAGCCACCACCUCAGGCCCUCCGACGAUCGUUUACCAUACAGAAACCCUGGACGCAUAUAGCAGGUGGUAUAGCACCAUUCAUGGCUAUGUAAGCAUUAUAAUAUGUGUGUUUGGUAUUCCAAUGAAUAUCAUAAACAUUAUAGUGCUAACAAGGAAGAAAUUACAGACACCCAUCAACAGUGUGCUGACUUGGUUGGCAGUUGCCGACACGGCAACAAUGAUGUCCUACGUUCCUUUCGCCUUUCAUUUCUACAUUAGCUACUCUGCUAACAGUAUAUCAGCGGAGAAAAACACGUGGGGAUGGAUGCACUUCCUGCUCGUGUAUCUGAAUUUCUCCUCUACUGCUCACACAAUUUCAAUAUGGCUGUGUGUAGCCCUUGCAAUAUUCCGUCAUAGUCAUAUACAUUCACCGGCCAAAGGAAAUCUAACAAGAAUGCGGCGCAUAAUUCGUGCGAGAGUGGUUGUUGGAAUUAUAUUCAUUGCGUCCAUUAUUCUGAUGAUUCCAAACUAUCUUAGUCAUUCACUUGACGAGUGGACGUGGAAGGACAAUACUACAAUCUAUGUUUUUGAAAACUGGAAUUUGGGUUCCGGAAACGUGAAGCCUAUGAUUCUUGUCAGUUUAAUUUUAUAUAGCUGUCUGGCUAAGCUAGUUCCAUGUGUUUUGAUUAUAAUCUUCGGUGCUUUGUUGCUUAUAACCUUAAAUAAUACAAGAUUAAAAAGCAAAAAGCGGAUGUCAGGGAACGGGUCAGUUAACCAGCCUUCUCGGAGAAGUCGUGAUAUGUCAAGGACUACAAUCAUGUUACUGAUAGUCAUUGUUCUAUUCCUGAUCACGGAACUGCCACAGGGCGUGCUAAUCAUGUGUUGUAUAUUUCUUAGAGAUUUCUUUGAGGAAGUUUAUAUUCCGCUUGGAGAUUCCAUGGAUAUCAUUGCUUUAGUUAACAGUAGCGUAAACUUUAUACUCUAUUGCUCUAUGAGUCAUGAGUUUAGACGUACGUUUAUUAAUCUGUUUUGGAAAUGUGGGAAAAGACGUAGACCACAAAGGUCACUUGUGUCUAGCCACUACAACAAUGAUCAGCUUCAUGCAUCAUUGACCGAGUUCUCGCCGCUCAACCACGAAUGA